CAAUUUUGCCAACCCAAAAUGCCACCGCUCGCUCUCUCUCUCUCUCUCUCUAUGUGUAUAUAAUUGCAAAACCCCACUCUAAUACAACCCCCUACAUUUUCUUAUUUUUCUUUUUCUCUUUAAAACCAUUGCAAAGUCAGCGCCUUGUUUUUUUUUCUUCUCUCUAACAGUUUCUUGCCAGAGAAGUCAGCUGUAGAUUCAGAAGAGGUUUUUUUUUAGUUUUGCCCGAGGAUAGAGAGAAAAAGAUUCAAGACUCAUGGAUGUUGAUUGGGAUUUGCAUGCAGUGGUGAGAGGCUGCUCCAAUGUUACAACAACUGGCAGCGGUGGUGUUGCAACCAGUUCUAUCACGGCGGAUUUGUACCCUCAGUCUUUUUUUUCUUCGUUUGGUAGUCAAGAAGCUUUUCAGGGUCAAGUUAUGUCUUUUCCAAAUCAGUUUGAAGCUCGAAAUGCUACGGAAGAAUUACAUGAACUUUACAAGCCUUUCUUCCCCAAAUCUCAACCUCUUUCCGCCCAGAGCACGCCUCUAUCUUCACUUUCUUCUCUUGGCUUGUCCAAAGAUCAAGCACAGAUAAAAGAACAACAGCAACGGCCUAAGCCAUCUCACGCUGUCUCUGUUACAACAGCUGGUAGCAAUUCUGCAACUGCCAAUUCUCAUAAUUCUCGAUCUAAAAGAAGAAAGAACCAACUAAAAAGGGUUUGCCAAGUACCAGCAGAAGGUCUUUCUUCAGACGUGUGGGCAUGGAGAAAAUAUGGUCAGAAACCCAUCAAAGGCUCCCCUUAUCCAAGGGGCUAUUACAGAUGUAGCAGCUCAAAGGGAUGUUUGGCCCGCAAACAAGUGGAACGAAACAGAUCCGACCCGGCUAUGUUCAUAGUCACAUACACAGCUGAACACAACCACCUUGCUCCAACUCACCGAAAUUCACUUGCUGGCAGCACCCGCCAGAAGCCUUUAACUGCACAAACAGUCACCGCUGGUGACUCCACCAAAACCUCUUCAGCUAAACCUGCCAACAGUUCAUCUCCAGCUACCUCCGUAGAGGAAGAGCUUGUAGCUCUAAAUACAAAGGUGGAGAGCAGAGAGGAUUUGGCUGAAGAUGAAGGGGAAGAUGAUUUUGGGAUGUCAGACACGGCGGUGAGUGAUGAUUUCUUCGAGGGUUUAGAAGGACUCGCUGACAUGAUCACCGGAGAUUGCUUUUCUGAUCGUUUUCCGGCAAGUUUUGACCUUCCUUGGAUUGCUAACAAUGCAGCUACUGCCGCCGGUGGCAUCUAAAAGUCGCCUGGGAAUAUUUCUUUCUUGGCUUUCUAUGUUUUCUUUUUAUUCUUGUAUAUGUCAUAUACUGUAAAAGGUAGAGGGAAAUGACUUAUACCCUUUUGGUAGAAUCUAAGCCAACAAUGCUUUUGUUUGGUACCUUUUAGGAUUCCAUUAACGCGUCUUGUAGAGGAAAAAAAGAGUUUGUUUCCUGUUUCUGGUCUGGGGUAAAGUUAGUUACAGAGCUAGGAGAGUUGUAGUUUCAGACACCCCUUUAUUGUUCGUAGAAUUUCUUUUCCUAGUCUUGUCGGAUACAAUUAAAAUGGAAUCGGUCAUUGAUAUAUCAGGACGACAGGAUCAUGACCAUCUUUGUUUACCUUUCU